GGAUUUGGUUGCGGCAAAUUUACAAGUGUUGCUACUAUGUUGGCUCCCCAAAGUCAUUCUGGCUUUUAUAAAACUACGGUAACCAAAUGUUUUCUGGCAUUCAGUGUGAUAUUUUCCUUCAUCCUAUUAAUGCCAUUUUCAAAACGGAAAGAUAUAUUUACCUAUAAUUUAGAUGAUAUUUUCGAAAAUGGAUCGAUAUGGAGAUUAGCACUUUGCCAACUACCUUUUCUUAGUACAAAAGAUCUGGUAUGCGGUGGAUUACUGUUGUACUAUUUUCGAAUAUUUGAACGACGCUAUGGAUCAAGAAAAUUUCUGGCAAGCUUCCCUUGGUUUAUAUUAUGUUUUAUUAUUCUUAAUGCAUAUUUAGUCAUUCCUAUUUUAUUGUGCUGCAACGACAACAUUCGUCGAACUGUUGAUGGCUUUUAUUUUGAGGAAAUUAAACUUUUCACUUCAUAUACUUCCUUCUGGACCAUUUAAUUUGAUUUUCCCACUUUUUGUGCCCUAUUUUCUGGACAUUCCAUGGGUCCCCGUUGCACAUGUGAUGAGGAUCCCAAUAACUGGAAAAUCAUUUCCAUACAUAUUUGGAUUUGAAAUUGCUAUGACAUCUCCGGAAUCUUUAUUUGUUUGUAUAUGCGGUUUGAAAUUGGACUGAAUAUAUUCUUUACCAUCUCCACUGGUCCCUUUUUUAUCAUUGCACGCAAUUGAUUUUCUUAGUCAUAGAGGAGUUUUGAGUUUUGAUAACGACGAAUGUUUGGGCUUAUUUAAAUAAUGAUUGGAGCUGUGGUCGGUAGACGAUGUACAGUCACAUAAUAAGAGCCAUUUAUAAUUGCUCGAAAUCUUGAAUUAGUGACAUGGGUCCUCAAAUGGACUAUUAUCCAAAAAUAAUAAUUUGCUUGCUAGCAUAAUCACUGGUUUUACCUACUAUAAAAAUUAUUUAAACGUUCAAUCAAGACUACUAUUUCCUAAACGAGUUAUUCAAUUUGGUUCAAAAGUGAUUGGUCCAGUGUUAGAAACUCCAGCACCGAAAUAUAUAAAUGAACCAUUAGGUGCAACACUAGAAGUACAACGUCAAGUUGAAUUGGAUCGGAGAGAAAUAAGUUUAAUUGAAGCAACUAGACGUAUGCGUAGUAGAGAUUUGCCAUUCAAUAUGAGUCGUGUAUUGGUCGGUAAUCAAUAGUGAUAUUAUUUAUUUAUGAACAGAAAUAACUUUUAAAACUGUGAUGUUUCAUUGUAUUUUGAUUGCUUCUGUAACCAAUGAUUGUUCUAUUUUUCAAUGACAAUAUUGUAUUAAAUGUCAAACACAAUUUGGAAAUGUCUAUUUUUACUAAUAAAUUAUAAACUCAACAAAUACACACAUGUAUCACAUCAUUUUACCAAUAACUCAUGUAUGCAUCACAAAAAUUGCUCUUGAACAUUAUCUUCUGCAUUUAUUAUUGUAAAUGUUGAGGUUGUUUUUGUUUAUGUAUUGUAUGUUUGUUGCCUCUCUGUUUCUAAUAUACGUUUGACUUUAACAUGUAAAACUUGCAGUUUCAAUUCUCUUUAUGCAUCUUCCGCUCAGCACAAAUGCAUAUUCGUCAGUCAAAGUCAUCGUGGGACGAGUCGAAAUGAAUAUGCAUCAAAUUAAUCUAUCCAUUUGACAAGUCUCACUUAAAUAUGACUCUCUUUAACGUUUCCAAUCAAUAUACCAAUCUUUACUCGUUAUUAAUUUGACUCACACAGUUGAUUGGAUUUAUUGCAUUUGUAAUAGGUGUAUAAAUGGGAUCAAUGUAUGAUCUAUUCAGUUUAGACAGAAAUAGUAUUUCAUAUGUAUCUAGUUUAUUGUCGAUUACAAAGAAGUAUAAGUUAACAGUGGAAUUCUCUGUUCAAUAAUCAUUGAGAAUCCAUUCUUUGUAUUUUGUAUACAAUGUUAUUGCCUUCUCCAUUCUCGUUCAUUUUAAUACCCUUACUCCUCCUUUUGAUGUUGCUUCUUAAAUUAUGACAAGUUAAAUUUAUGUAUUUAUCCCACAAUGUUUGUUUCAUUAACUCAUUUUUUCUACAUUCUGUUUUCAUACAUAAAGAUUUUCUUUUAGUUUGUAUACUUCAUAAUGGAUGUAAAGUAUUAUCAUUUAUAUGUAGCUACAAGUAUACAUUAUGAUUUAUUCAGAUCAAAAUAUUCACACAAUAACUUGAAGUCGUGUAUGUUUGAAACUAUUUCUGACUGCCAAGAAUAAGUCACUUAUAAUCCACUUUGAUAAUUAUAAGUAGUUACGCAGAAACAUUGCUUGUUGGUUAACGCGCAUGAGAUUACCGCAACCAGCCAGAUUGAAAUGCUGUUAUAUUUUGACACAAAUAAAAUCAUCAAAUUACAUUUCAUCAAGGAUUAGUUAGUUCAUAAUCGGAAAUAUAUUUAAAUUAAAAUAGAUAAAUGGGUAAAAAGCGGAUGUAAACAGAAGUUAAUUAUCAAAAGACCAGGUAAAACUAAACUGUAAUGACAGCCUUGAGUGGCUCACAAGCCAAUCAGAAAACUUUGGUUAUUAAGCAGCUAACAAUAAUAACUAGUGAGAUUACAAUGUAUAAUUAACUUUAAUAUGAUUGAUACUCCCUUACAUACCAAACUACAUUAUAGUAAAUUAGAGUUUAGGGUUCUAAUUACAAGCUGACACCAGCUAUAAUUAAAGGAUCCCUAGUAGCAAUAAAAAUAAGUAAAUAUCGUACAUAAGCUUAAGAGGAGCUAUCUUAAAUUUGAUCAUUUUGUUCGCACAUUAUAGUACCACCGUUUUUCUAUAAACUUGCGCAGGUAACUUUUGGAUACAUGAUUUGACAGUGAUCAUCGGAGAAAAAGAUCUCAUUAGUUUGUAGUGUGGCGUCGAGUCGCGGUUGACUAUGAUCACCACUACAGGAAGACUACGUGCCAGUUAACCAAUAAGAUUCCCCGUAGGCCAAAUAUCAGAAGGUAGUUGAUGGCUGUAGUUGAGAUGUAUUUAUUGGCGAUCUCGUGGUAUCGAAA